AUGGAUCGUUGGCUUCGUGUUCAAUUUCCUUUUCGAGUCAAAGAAUUGUGUACGAAAAAAAGAGUACUUAUUGGUGCAUUCAUUAUCCUCAUAUUUUCAAUUGCACUCAAUUCCCAUUUACUGCUACCAUCACUAGGCGUUGUACCUGGUGCUAUCGCAUGUGCUCCUAAUCCUAUGUCAAAUCCUACCUACCAAUACUUCUACACAGAAAUUUGGCCUAUUCUAAUAACCACUCUUCAAAUUGUCUUACCUACAACACUUCUUCUCAUAUUCAGUAUUAAAAUGUUCAUUGGACUUCAUCAUCAACAACAAAAAAAACAACAAUUGAAACAAGGUCGUCGUCGUACAUUUCUUGAUCGACAAAUGUUAAUAAUUAUGCUCACUAGUAUCUUUCUCUUCUUUAUCACACAAAUCCCAUUAAGUCUCUUCACUCUUCUUAUCUUUUCUGUUCUUCGCAAUGAACUUGGGCUACAACAAUUACUUCAGCUUAAUACUAUUGUCACUUUCGUUGCUUCAAUCAAUUAUGCUGUAAGUUGA